AAAUAAUCACCUCCACCGAAAAAACAAACAGUGCCUCCUGCUUUUUCAAAUCCUAUCAAUUAAUGCUCAGAUGAAACACACACUGGUAUAGGUUUUAUUACUUCGUGUUUCAUGUCUCUCUUUCUCCAUCUCUUCCAAAAACCUACACAAAUGUCACCUACCACAACAACUUCAUGGAUGCUCAUCCACAUUUUGCUUUUGUUCCCUCCACAUUUUGCUUUUGUUAUUCAUCCCUUCUCAGCAAUUAAUCACGCACUCCCACUCCCAAUCAACCACACAUGCACUGAGAGAUGUGGCACCAUCCCCGUGAAGUUUCCAUUUGGUACCGGAUUCGGUUGCGGCCAUCCUGAUUUUGCUAGAUACAUAAAAUGCAGCUCCGGAACGCUCCAAUUCACCACAGUUACCGCCGUUUACACCGUCUCCUCCAUCGACUACGCGACCAGCACCUUGAUCGUCACUGAUCCAUUCAUGUCGACGUGUUCUUCAAUGCAGAACUCCGGAAGCUUUAGCUUGGAUCGCGCUAGCCCAUUCAGUCUAGUGGCAGAAAACAUCUUUGUUUUGCUCGGGUGCUCCACCACAUCUCCAGUGUUUGAUCAGGAUGAAGAUUUAUGCGAUUCCGGGUCGGGUUUACAUGUCUGCAGAGGGUUGUACUCUUGCAAAGGUGUUACAGGGAUUGGAUUGGAUCCGAAUGCACCGAUUUCUACUUGCUGUGUUUAUGAUUCUCCGAAUGUGCUAGGUUCGGGGUAUAGUUUGGAUCUUCCUAAGCUUCAAUGCUCGUCUUAUACGUCGAUAUAUGGAUUUGGGGGAGAUGAGGGUGACCCUAUGAAAUGGCAAUUUGGGAUUUCUUUGCAAUAUAAUGAUUCUUAUUACACUGAGACUUGCAAGAACUGUGAAGACAGUGGAGGUUUGUGUGGCUUUGCUGGUUUGCAUCAGUCCUUUGCUUGCGUUUGUCGCAAUGGUGUGAACACCACUAGCAAUUGCUUCGGACGAGGAUAUGCUUGGAGUGGGACAUGGAGACCCAAAAUUCAAACCAAGAUUAGCGUUGGAGGAGUUCUGCUGUCAUGGAUGUUGCUCUUGAUUUGAAGUAGAAUAGGGUUUGGAAGUUUUGGUUGCAGAGAAUGUGAGUGAAAGAGCAGCUUCAGAACUGGCGGGAAAGCUCGUCAUCUACUUGGUGAAAGCAGUGAAGUCUUCAUUUGUUUGGAGUAUAAUGUAUUCACAAGAAUUUAUUGGCAGAUGUAUUGGUUUUUUGCUCAUUAAUGAUUACUAUAAUCCCAUUUAUAUUACAAAUCAUUUUUGCUAGAACUUGGUGACAGAUUACUAUAUGGUUUGGA